AGAAUCACGUUUGUAUAUCCAAGGUGUGUGAGGAUGGCUCAUCGUUAUCAAAAUAAAAAAAAGACCAAAAAAUUAUCAGCAGCAGUAAGUACUUGGAGGGUGACGCCUAGUUUCAGAUCAAGCCUCAGUGCGAAAAGAUAUAUUUUUUUUAGUCAGUUUAAUUUCUUUGAUUAAAAAAAAUUUCAAGUGUAUGGUUAAACAAUAUUGGUCAAAAUGAAAUUUUUUUUUGCACUUGCCUUCGUUAUUUUUAGAAUAUCUUGGGCAGAAAAUACAUAUCGUCUAUGUGCACCAGAAACAAUUGACGAUUCGACAUGUAACAGUCUUUCUCGUGGUGGAUUUGUUAAAUGUGUCAGAGUAACAGACAGUGCUGAUUGUGCAAUGAAAUUGCACGAUGGAAAAGCUGAUUUUGGUGUUUUCGAUGCUGAAGAACUUAUACUUGCCUAUCAAUUUUAUCCAGAUGAUUUUACACCACUAGCGCAGCUUAAACAUAUCGAACGUGUUAAUGAAGAAUGGCAGUUCCAAAGUGUCGUUGUAGUUCCUUCAAAUUACAAUGUCAACGAAGGUGUGUCAGGUUUAGAAAAAGGUGGAUUAUGUCAUCCAGGAUUUAGUCAUACACAAAUCUGGAACGAUUACAUAUUAAAAUUCUUGGAACGUAAAACGUAUAAACAUAUUUGCCGAAAUGAGUCAUCAGUUGCUGAGAAUGAAGUUGAAAAUAUAAGAGAUUUUUUCGGAACGGCGUGCCGGCCUGGUGACUGGGUACUUGAAUCAACUGAAGAUAAAAGAUUAAAGGAAAAAUAUCCUGAACUUUGUCAACUAUGCGAUGACCGAGAAAAUUGUAAAUAUUCAAAUAACUUACAUCAUGGUCAUAUAGGUGCACUUGAGUGUUUAACAUCGGGGCGUGGAAACGCUGCGUAUGUUGCCGGUGAAUAUGUUCAUCAAUUCUUUAAGAUCAAUGAGAGUAAUCCUUCAUCAACUAGUUCAACUACCAAACCUAGCUAUCAAUUUCUCUGUCCACAAGGCACUGUUCAACCUUUGACCCAGUCAAAUCCUUGUGCCUGGAUUCAACAGCCUUGGGGAUUGAUUCUUACAAGAAAUGAACGAGUAAAUGAUUUGGCCACUAGUCUCAAAGAAUGGCUCUCGACAAAUCCAAGCAUGGAUUCAAGAAUACCACCUGAUGCCUGGCUCAUAGCUCUUAACAAAAUAAUACAAGAAGAUACAAAAGUAAUAUUUAUUAAUGAAUCAAUAAGUCUAAAAAGUUAUCUAGUACGUGGUAGAGAAGUAGAUUUAAAUGAACGAUCAUGUGGACAUGACAUACGUUGGUGUACACUAAAUGAAGGAGAAACAAAAAAAUGUAAUUUUAUUGCAAAAGAAGCAUUGUUACUUGGAAUUGAACCAAAAUUUACUUGUAUAGAAAAAAAUUCAACUGAAAGCUGUCUUCGUGAUAUUUACGAAAAUAAAACUGAUAUUAUUACAAUUGAUUCAAAUCAAGGACACUUGGCUAGAGUAAAAUUUAAUUUAACAUCAAUUUUAUACCCAGAAACAAUGGAGGAUAAAAACAGUAAAGUCAUUGCAAUUAUACGUGAUGAUAGUGAAUAUAAAAUUCAAAAUUUUAAACAAAUUAAAAAUAAAUAUCUGUGUUUUCCUGAUUACGGUGGAAUAUCAUGGAUUUCGUUUAUAAAUACAGCUCGUUUUCAUAAAAUUAUACCUGAUACCUGUGAUUAUGCCGAAGCAGUUGCAAAUUUAGUGAUAUCAGCAUGUACACCAGGAAUAAAAGAUAUCAAUUAUUCAGAUGUUGCCGGUGAAAACAUAAAUAUAUUGAACAAACUUUGUGAAAUUUGUCCAAAUGAAUUAGGCAAUAAUUCUACGUGUUCUGCUGGAAGAGAAAAUGAAUUUUUUGGUGAUAAAGGAGUUCUUAAAUGUCUCGAAGGACCUGGUGAUAUUGGCUUUAUUGAACCGAAAAACUUGAAAAAAUUAAUUGAUCGAAAAAUUGUUAAUCAAAAUGAAUACAGAGUACUUUGUAGAAAUGGAAGUCUAGCUGGUUACACUGGAUUUGAUAUUGAUGAUAAUUGUGCUCUUUCUAUCACCAUCGAUAGUGAGCUCGUUGGCCGCAGAGACGAUUCAAAAAUAAGGAUAUUAGAUACAACUCUUGCACUAUUGAAAUUAGAAGAUUGGCUUGGUUAUCGUCCUGACUCAAGACGUGCUAUUAGAAUUUACGACUCAUUUACUGAUCAUUCAGAUCUGCUAUUCAAGGAUUCAACAAUUGCACUUGAAGCACCAAACUCUACCAUAAAAAGUGUCUUAGCGUACAAAGAAUUAUUCAGCAAAAUCGAUACUUGCACGUCUGGUAGUUUGAAAAAUAUUUCUAAUUUUAUAGUAGUUUUUUUAUUAGCAUACAUAUUGCUUCAGUAAUUAUAAAAUUAUAUUAAAUCAAUACUGAAUAUAUCAGAUAAUAUUAAAUAUCAAUUAAAAAGUUUAUUAUAUAUUAUAUAAACAAUAACAAUUAUACAAAAAAGAACAAUGGAAAUAAUAAUAAUUUUUAAAUAGAACAAAAAAAAAACUUAAAUUUUUAUUAUUGGGUAAUAUUUAUAAUUCCCAAAUUAUUAUUUUUACUAAUUUAUGGAUUAAAUUUGUUUUUAUGAAAUUAAAUUUAAAAAACUAAAAAAUAAAUAAACAAAUAAUAAUAUUUAU